CAAGCACUUCAGAACCUCGAGAUUCCCUCCACAACUAGAUCUCUUCAUAGCGCUCCUGCCUCUGGGCUUUGUUCCAGAGAGGCGGACCUUUUAGGUCCUGUGAGACGAUUUACGUCAAAAUUAGCGUGGGAUCUGGUCGCAAGCGUUUUGGGUUAUUUUAGCGGUACCGUCCGGACGCUGUGCGGAGGGGUUUACACUGAGUCUGCACACGGUCUUGUCCGACCCGUGGUGCCACCAUGGGGGACUUCUUGCGGAAAGACCUGGCCGGCCCUCCAGGCCGCAGCAAGGCUCAAAAUCGUGCGACUGUUCAACAACUUAAGCUGAUCGGCCAAAGUCAUCCGACUGGCCUUACCCCGAGUCUUUUGAAGCUGUUCGAGCCGCGCCCUGCGCCGGAGUUCAAGCCGCCGUUGGAGAAGCGGAGAAUGCCCGAGCUUACCGGCCUGGCGCAGUUCGUGGACCAGUUUGCGGAGCAGAACGAGACGGAGUACGGCCCGCCGACCACCAAAGGAGAGACCAGGGAGGAGAAGAAGCAGCGUAUUCGCGAGGCGAAGCUGGAGAAGGGCCGCAAGCAGGUCGAGGAGGCGAUCGCCGAGUACAACCCCGCUGCCGAUCCCAACAUUGACGGCGACCCGUACAAGACCCUCUUCGUGGCUCGUGUCAGCUACGAGACCACGGAGACGAAGAUUCGUCGAGAAUUCGAGGCUUAUGGGCCCAUCCGCAAGGUGCGCGUGGUGACGAGCACGGUGGACAGCAAGCCGCGCGGCUAUGCGUUCAUCGAGUACCAUCACACGCGAGACAUGAAGACGGCGUACAAGCAGGGCGACGGGCGCAAGAUCGACAACCGGCGCGUGAUAGUGGACGUGGAGAGGGGCCGCACCGUGCCCAACUGGCGGCCGCGCAGGCUGGGGGGAGGGCUGGGGUCCACGCGCACGGGCGGCGACGAGGUCAACCAGAGGCACUCCGGGAGGGACCCCCCUGCUCCUGUCGCCGCCCCGCCCCGUGUGGAAGAGCGGCCAAGGGAGAGGCCUGUGGAAAAGGCGCCGGAGAUAGGCCCUCCCGAACGAGGAGAGGUUGUGAAGAAGGAGGAGGCUCCGCUUGAGGAGCGGGCGAGGAGCAGGGAGCGCGAUGCGGACAAGGGCAGGGAGAGGAGCCGGGAGAGGAGCCGGGAACGGAGCAGGGAGAGGGAUCGUGACAGGGGCAGGGACAGGGAUCGGAGGAGAGAUCGCGAAAGAGAUUAUGAUCGCAAGGAUCGGGAUAGGGAGAGGGACAGAGAUAGGGACUACGACCGCAGCUACCGCUCACGCUCGCGCGACCGAGAGAGGGACCGCUAGGAUGGCAAGGAGUCCUGGUACAGCCUCUCCACGGUGUCGUCUAGAGCCGGUGAUGGUGAGAAUGGGCGCCUGCACUGUUCUUACCUCCAGUGCUUCGCCUAUAGUCACACAGCUGCGCCAGAAUGGCACCUGUAUUGUCCAACAUCCAUCGCUGCCUGCUGCAAACCCGCCGUUCACACCUGUUUGAUGUGGUCUUCAGCCACCAGGGUGCUUCACUGGUGCCUCCAGGUUUCUGUUCUGCUUUGUAGCUGCCAGGGUAGGUGCAGCCGCUGGUUUGGCUUGUAUCGAGGUAGUGGUGACAUGAGGAAUAAGGGGGAGGGGUUGAGGGGGGUAAGGGAGGGUGCAGGCUGACUAGAAGCAUGUGCCAGCUAUUUUCUGCUGCUGUUGCUUUUGUUUUGGGCCUGGUAAGGGCCUUCCAGUGUGUGCUGUGUGGUUCCCACAAGGACCUUCACCACUGCGACUUGGUUGCCCUCGGCACGGGACCCUCUUGAUAGCGUGCAUCGCAUCGCACCCCGGAUUCUGACAAACCAAAGAAUGGUAAUCAAUUGAAACAGAAAGGUAUUUUGCUGUCAUCUCUUGCAUUUCGUCAUUCUAGUUCUGCUUGAGUUGUCGUGUCUGGCAGAGUAAGGGCUCGUAAGUAAGUGUGCUGAUCUAGGCCUCAGCUCGCAAUUCGUCAGGGUCCUCCAUUUCUGAAGGGUCUCUAUCUAUGCAAUACCCUGUCCAUCUCUUGCCAUCUGGCUGGUCUGAAGUGGGCGUGCUUACGUGAGGCAGUACAGAUUCUGUGCUACAGAAACAUUCGCCCAUUUGAAUUGAAACAGUAGUGGUGUGCAGUUGCUAGUGUACCACCAUCGGUGUAGACACUGCCUGUUCUGAGAAAUGACCAGGUGCAACGUGGUGCUGUUCAUACCCAGUCACGCUAGCUGUGCAACCAGGGCCCUAGAUUGGUUUUGAGGCUUCCUGAUCCAUCAGGAUUCUCCCUGCAGAAAAAUCUGAAUUUUCAG